AUGUUUGUAAGCUCAUUCUUAUCUGCGCUUUUGUUGGUUAUUCCAGGAGCAUUGUCGCACGGAGAUCACGGUGGAAACGGUGGUGAACACAACACUGUCAAAUCGAAACCGGAAGGCUUGACCUGGGAACAGUGGCAUAUGAUUGAAGAACACGGUUUAUCUUCCUAUGAUACACACACACUUUUCAGGUUACAUGAUAUAUCAAACAACGGAGUAUGGCUGAAGAGAGAUAUUUUAUACUUAUACGGGCUCCAUAGAGAAAGUGUCAUUGGCGACGGUUCCGGUAUGGGAGUCCAUGAACAGGAUGAGAAGCAAGAGAUCAUUUCGCAGGAUUCUAAAGAUAAUGUGAUUUCCACCAUUUUAGGGCUAAUUGAUACCAAUAACGACGAGAUGAUUAGUUUCCAAGAAUUGCAUGAUUUCUUUGAUAGAGGUGGGAAAUUGCCUGAUUUUGGAUACGGUCAAGGGCACCAUUUAGAUUUUGAGAGUGAGUACGAAGAACAUCACUGGAACAAGUACCAUGCGAAUCAAGAUCCUGACGUUUUGGUGAAACAUGUUGAAGAUAUUGAACAUGAAAUGUUACACCAUGAGCACGAAAUCGAGCAAACCCACAGGGAUGACCCAGAGUUCCAGGCUCUUGCACAGGAUUUCAAGUCUCAAGUCAGAAUAGACAACGUACCAGAUAAAUAUAGAAGUUAA